AUGAAGUCAUCAGAGGUAUUAGCACGUCGCUUAACACCGAAACUGAUUAAGACCAAGUCACUUGCUGUUACCGAUGAAGAAGCAAGCGAUUUGUCUGUAACACGUUUAUCGAUUUCCAAUUCACUAACGAGCGUUCAUAAACAAUGUGAAGAUGAAGAUGCCGAAGCAACGAAUAAGCUAUUGGACAUCGGCCGCGUUGCUUCCUGGGCAGUUGGCUUUGAAAAAUUGCUCAAUGAUGAAAUGGGUUUAUAUGUAUUUACUGAAUUUCUCAAGAAAGAAUUUAGCCAAGAAAACAUACAAUUCUGGACGGAAUGCGAAAAAUUGAAAAAAUUCACAGAUCUCGACGAAGUUCGUUCGAAAGCAAAUAUGAUCUGGUCAACAUAUUUACAUGAUACAGAUGAUGGAUCAUGUCGAAUCAACAUUGACAGCCGAACACGACAAGAAUGUUACCAAUCACUAUUACACAAACCGAAUGCUCAUAUAUUCGAAAAGGCUCAAUCUCAGAUAUUUCAAUUGAUGAAACUCGAUUCAUAUACGAGGUUUCUGAAAUCCAACAUGUAUAAAGAAUGUAUUAUGAGUGAAAUGGAAGGCAAAUCGAUACCAUACACGAAACCUAGUCCACCACCACCGACCAAUAACGAAGACCGAUCGAAAUGCAACGACAGUCUUGGGAAGAUCAAAGAUGAAGAAAAGAAAGACAAGAAACGUAGUCCGCUUAUUCCUUGGACGAAAGCGUUUAUUAAAUGGAAACGCCUAUCAGGUUGGUCGAUAUUUUCAUUGAUUGUAUUCAUAAUUUCGAUUUGUUUAGCUGCGCCCGAGACAAUGUCAACCUCGGCGAUUAAACGUGAUACGUCCUCCUCAUCGUCCAGUAUUCCUCAAACUGCAAAUGCUAGUACAAAUACAUCAUUCUAUGACAAUUGCAAUAAAUCAGCAUCAGUUGAAUUAACACCAACGUUGAACUUCAAUAAGAUUCCAUCGACAGCAUCAUCCAUGUCUUUGCAAAGUCCAACAAAACCUCCAUUAACUCCGAUUGGAUAUGUAAAUAAAAUCACAAAGAUUAAUCAACAAGAUUCAUCAUUGGCAAAUCUCAUCAAUCGAGAUUUAAUGGACAAAAAACUCCUGAAUGAUUAUUCAUCAAUUGACACGUCGCGUUUUUGUCGUUUCAUAUUUCCCGAUUCGACAUCAGCUGUAGUGUUAACAGCACACGAAUCUCAAUCAAUUCAGCAGGCAAUUGAUCGCCUAUUUGCGAAACGAGGUAUCACCUGGUACCGAACAGAAUUAUAUACAGCUGAUCAGCAACACAUUGAUCUUCAAGACCCAUUGUCGAGUUUGAGUGGCAAAGAAAUUCAUGUCGAAUCUCGUAUUCUACUCCGUCUCGACUUUCCGAAUAAAACAAUUUGUGUUCGUUGUGAUCCGAAACGAACGCUUCUGAAAGUUCUGCAACCAAUCUUCGAAAAACUCAGAUAUUCUAUGCGACAAUAUGUUUUCUAUGCUAAUGAUUCAUUAGUUCCAUUGAAUGUCAACGAAUUAGUUGGUUGUUACGAUAAUCAAAGAAUAUUUGCCGUAGAAAAAACAGCAUCACUCAUCGAUUUAUCACCUCGACAGAAGAAUCGAACAACAAGUGAUAUCUUCGACAUGAUCUCGGAAAAUGAUGAAGAUAUUAAUUUUGAUGAAUAUGGCAUUCUAAAAGUUGUUACACAAACGAAAGCAACGAUUGUUGUCUCAACUGAUGAUUGCGUUCAUUUGUCAACACCCGAAGUAUCACCGUCGUCUCAUGAAUAUACAAAAACAUUUGUUGGACCCAAACGAUGA